CAUCACAAGGUCACAUAGACAUAUUAAUACAUGGUCUACAUUCAAACUUAAAAAUAUUUCAAGAGAAUAUGGAAAUCUUUAAAAAGAUUAAUUGAAAUAAUAAUCAAAUAAAAAAAUCAAAAAAAUCAUAUGGUAUAUCAAGUAUGCAGUCAAAUCAAUAGAGGCAUGAUUUAAAAUGACACAUGAUGUUGAGACUGAAAAAAUGGACAUGUUGUUGUUUUACAUUGUUAUGCUUUAUGUUGAUUUUCUUGUUAAAAACUCAGAUGAGGACACCAGCAACCAUUAGAACUACAUUUCAAUUAGAAAAAGAAAUCAAUUAUCUCUGGAAAAAGGAUGAUAAUAUUAUACUUAAAGUUAAAAAUGUCGAACAAAGUGCUCAGAUUGUGAAUCAUACAGAAGGAUAUGUCAGAAGUUUAAAUCGUGAACAGAGUUUAUCAAUACGUCUUUCUGAUUUGAAAAAUCAAGUAGAGAACUUGAGGAAGAUAACACUACAGGAAGUGAAAUAUCACAAUUUUUACGAUUUUCCAGGAAAAUUAGACCCAGGUGAAAUGAUUUAUGCUGAUGAGAAGAAUUACUUUUCUAAAGUUUCUGAAAUUAAUCGAGUCAAAAUAGCACACCUUCAUCGAGUCAAAAGUUCGCUGAGUAAGAAUUACGUGAGAACUGAAAUAUACGAUGCAGCAAUAACGCAACAAUUUUGCCACAAUUUUAUGAAAAAAUUUGGAAUCAAUAAGACAUUUGAAGGAAAAUUCUGCCAUAUUGGCAUUGAAAAAUCGCUAUGUCAAAGAGAACUUGAACGAAGACAUUUUAAUUUUUAUGAUGUCCAUCCAAAAACAAUUGAUCAACAAGGAGAUAGAAGAAGGUUUGGUCACCAAGGAGAUGGAAAAACAAGGUUUGGUCACCAAGGAGAUGGAAUAACAAGCUUUGGUCACCAAGGAGAUGGAGAAACAAGCUUUGGUUACCAAGGAGAUGAAAAAACAACUUUUGGACAUUUUUAUAUUCAGGUUAUACAGAUGGGAUAUAUUGAAACAUUAGGACGUGUCACAGUAUACGACGAGGACACAUUUGUGACCAUAUUUCCCGAAAUGUGUCUCCCUGAGACCAAUUUUGAAUCAACUUACAAACAAUUUUACAAAACAGAGGAUGAAGUGUUCAUUAUUUCUCAAUUUGGUGGCAAUAAUUUUUAUCAUACAAUGGUGGAAUUAAUACCACGUUUGAGCCUUUUUAUGGAUCUUCUACAAAGUCAUCCAAAAAUCAAAAUCCACAUCAUGGAUAUGAGCUUCACAAGAGAUGUUUUAGGGUUACUUGGAUUCGAUUCAAAUCGAAUCGUAUCAGGUUUUGUAAAAGCAAAGAUAGCGUACCUUCCUAGGGGAACUAAGUGCGGCAAUUCUGACCCUUUAACGCUACAGAUUCUGUCUGAUAAAUAUUUAGAUGUACUCUCAAAUAAAAUCAACUUCAACAUACUCUCAAAUAAAAUGGAUUUACACCACCAGCGCAAACAUCGAAACUCCAUUCUCCUUAUCAAACGAUCUGGAACCCGAAAAUUCAAACAACAUGGCCAUAUAAGAAACACAAUCUCAAAUAUUGCAUCAAGAAAUAAUCUUAACUUCCUAGAAUUUUCUGAUGUACCCCAGAAGAAAAUACUUGCAACAGUCGCAUAUUUUAACAAUGCCUUUUUAGUUAUUGGAGCACAUGGAGCGGGGUUAUCAAAUAUUUUGUUCAGUCGCCCUGGGACUUUUAUUAUUGAAGUAGUCUGUCAGGGAUACAUAAUUAACCCAUGUUAUUUAGACCUUAGUAGAAAACUAGGUCACAGAUACUAUGGUAUAACAUCAAUGAAUAAAGAAAAGAACUGCUUUAACGGUGAACUUGAGGUUAAUGUGACAGAAUUAGUUGAAGCAGUAGAGUUUUUUGUGCAACAAUUUAUCCUCAAUAAAUCAGAAUUAUGAAUUUGUAGUUAUGGAAUCUGAUAUUUCUUAAAUAAUAGUUUCUGCAAAGCUCUACAGAAAUGUCUAGCUACUACAUUAAUGUGUUUAUGGAGUUACUCUGGCCAUGUGUUUAUGAGUUACUAUGGCAACAUGUUGUUGGAGCCACUACGAUAAUAUGUUGAUGUAGCUACUAUGGUUAUAUGUUGAUGGAGUUACUAUGGUAAUAUGUUGAUGGAGCUACUAUAGUAAUAUGUUGAUGGAGCCACUACAAUAAUAUGUUGAUGGAGCUACUAUGGCAAUGUGUUUAUGGAGUUACUCUGGCCAUGUGUUUAUGAGUUACUAUGGCAACAUGUUGUUGGAGCCACUACGAUAAUAUGUUGAUGUAGCUACUAUGGUUAUAUGUUGAUGGAGUUACUAUGGUAAUAUGUUGAUGGAGCUACUAUGGUA